AUGGCAGCCAACAAACCAUCCAUGUGUUUGUCGUUGUUGAUGAUGCCGCUUUCUACGUUAUCAGUCAAUCAAUCAGACCUAUUACGAUUCAUUGCAGAGCCCAAAUGGUGCAAAGGGACACGACCAGCGCUCCUCGACUCUCGUCUUUUCCAUCUCCUGUCGUAUUCGUCUGACGUGGUGCUGCUUGCACUGUUGACAGGCCCGGAUUUACUGUUCUGCCUGCCAAGACUCGCCCCACCGGAAAAAAGAAACGAAGCUUCCCCCGUCAAGAAACGGAGCCAAUCACGCGAUGCCCUCCUCGAUCGAGUCGCACCAAUCAUCCUGCCCGAUUCUGCUCCAGGCGUCCUUCCCGUUCCUGGCCUCGUGCCCGGAGGGACCUGUGGAAACAAUCGGCAUCGUGUCGCGCUUGGAGGAUUUCGCAAAUCUAGCAAGGAGAGCAACAUGCCGCGCAAGGCAAUCGACUCGCGCAUCCCAGCGCUGAUCCGAAAUGGCGUGCAGGAGAAGAAGCGAAGCUUCUUCGUGGUGGUGGGCGACCGCGCCAAGGAUGUCAUUGUCCACCUCCACUAUAUCAUGACCAGCGUCGAUGUCAAGCAGAACAAAUCCGUUCUCUGGGCGUACAAGAAGGAGCUCCUCGGGUUCAGCAGUCAUCGCAAGAAGCGCGAGGCGAAGAUCAAGAAGGAGAUCAAGCGAGGCCUUCGCGAGCCCAACCAGGAGGACCCGUUCGAGCUCUUCAUCAGCUUGAACCAGAUUCGCUAUGUCUACUACAAGGAGACCGACAAGAUCUUGGGAAACACAUACGGAAUGUGCAUUCUUCAGGAUUUCGAAGCCAUCACGCCGAACCUGCUGGCCCGGACCAUCGAGACCGUCGAAGGUGGUGGUCUCGUGCUCCUCCUGCUCAAGGGAAUGAAGAGUCUCAAGCAGCUCUAUACCUUGUCCAUGGACAUCCACUCUCGCUACCGCACUGAAGCUCACAACGAUGUGGUCGCCCGGUUUAACGAACGAUUCAUUCUGUCCCUGGGAAGCUGCGAGUCGUGUCUGGUGGUGGAUGACGAGCUGAACGUGUUGCCCAUUUCGGGCGGGAAGAACGUCAAACCCCUUCCACCCCCUGAUCCCACCGAGGAAGGCAAAUCGGGCGCGCAGAAAGAGCUGCAGGAGAUCAAGGACAGUCUGGCGGACUCGCAGCCGGUGGGUUCGUUGAUCACCCUCGCGAGAACGGUCGAUCAGGCCAAGGCGCUCCUCACCUUCGUCGACGCGAUUGCCGAGAAGACAUUGCGGAGUACUGUCACUCUAACGGCGGCUCGAGGACGUGGAAAAUCGGCCGCCCUGGGGGUGGCGAUUGCCGCCGCCGUGGCCCACGGAUACAGCAACAUCUUCGUCACAUCCCCCAGCCCGGAAAACUUGAAAACGCUAUUCGAGUUUGUAUUCAAGGGAUUUGACGCCCUGGGAUACCUCGACCACGUCGACUAUACCAUCCUCCAAUCGACCAACCCAGCAUUCAACAAGGCUAUUGUCCGGGUCAACAUUCACCGCAACCACCGUCAGACCAUCCAGUACAUCCAGCCUCAGGACGCCUACGUAUUGGGGCAAGCGGAGCUCCUUGUCAUCGAUGAGGCAGCCGCGAUCCCAUUGCCCCUGGUGCGGAAGCUUCUCGGGCCCUAUCUCGUGUUUAUGGCUUCGACAAUCAACGGAUACGAGGGCACGGGUCGGUCCCUCUCGCUGAAACUCAUCCAACAGCUCCGAGAGCAGGCACGAGGAGUGAAGAACGCACCGGAUGACACCGAUAUUGCCGAUCGGGCAACGGGUAAGCCGACCAAGAAUGGAGAAAAAGGCGUCGGCGGCCGGACGUUGAGAGAGAUCACCCUGUCGGAACCGAUCCGAUAUGCUCCUGGCGAUGCUGUGGAGAAGUGGUUGAACAAACUUCUUUGCCUGGAUGCGACGCUUCCGAAGUCGAAGAUGAACACGCAGGGCACUCCCCAUCCGUCCCAGUGUCAACUCCUUUACGUGAACCGAGAUACCCUGUUCUCGUUCCACCCUGUGUCCGAGAAAUUCCUCCAACAAAUGAUGGCUCUGUAUGUAGCCAGUCAUUACAAGAAUUCGCCGAAUGAUCUCCAGUUGAUGAGCGACGCUCCCGCCCACCAGCUUUUCGUCCUCGUCCCACCGAUCGAUGAGGAUGCGACCAAGUUGCCAGAGCCGCUGUGUGUCAUCCAAGUCGCGUUGGAGGGACGCAUCAGUCGGGAGAGUGUCCUCAACAGCCUCAGUCGGGGUCAACGAGCGGGCGGUGACCUGAUUCCCUGGCUGGUCAGUCAGCAGUUCCAAGACGAAGACUUUGCCUCUCUUUCAGGAGCCCGAAUCGUGCGGAUCGCCACGAACCCGGACUAUCUGAACAUGGGCUACGGAUCCCGCGCGUUGGAACUCUUGAUCGACUUCUAUGAAGGCAAGUUCAUGAGCUUGGAUGAGAAUGCUACGUAUCCGUCUGAAGAAAUGGUCCGAGUCACGGACGAAGAACUCGAGAAUGCCAAUCUCUUGGAUGACAACAUCCAUGUCCGGGACAUCCAUUCCAUGCCUCCGCUCUUUACCAAGCUAUCUGAACGACGGCCGGACUCUCUUGACUACAUCGGAGUUAGCUAUGGCCUGACGCCAUCUCUCCACAAGUUCUGGAAACGUGCGGCCUUCGCACCCGUUUACCUUCGUCAGACUCCCAACGAGCUGACGGGUGAGCAUUCGUGCGUGAUGCUUCGGGCACUGUCUACGGGCUCGAGCGACAGCAGCUGGCUCGGCGCGUUUGCAAGGGAUUUCCACAAGCGUUUCCUGUCGCUUCUUUCCUACCAGUUCAAGGAAUUCCCUUCGGUUCUCUCUCUCAGUAUCUGCGAGUCCGCCACGGCAGGGUCGAAAUCGGAUCCAUCGUUUGCCCCGUCACCGCUGACCAAGUCCGAUCUGGAUGCUGCAUUCUCGCCAUUCGACCUCAAGCGCCUCGACAGCUACGCGAACAACAUGCUCGACUACCAUGUCAUCCUCGAUAUGAUUCCGACUAUUGCCGAGUUUUAUUUCCUGGGUCGUCUCCAGGGCAAGGUGAACCUUUCCGGCGUCCAGCAGUCAAUCCUCCUUGCGGUAGGCCUCCAGCGGAAGAACAUCGACGACCUGGAAAAGGAGUUGAAUCUGCCAUCCUCCCAGCUCUUGGCGAUGUUUAUCAAGAUCAUUCGAAAGGUCUCCACGUAUUUCCGAUCCGUGGUUGAAGGCGCGGUUGCAGAGACGCUGCCGCCGGAGCGGCCAGUGGGAGUGGAGGCCGCGGGGGCCCAUGACGAUGACGCGGUUGACGAACGGUUCCGGCCGCUAGACGCGGACCUGAACGAGGAACUUCGCGAAGGCGGACAACAAGUCGACGAGGAGCUAAGGGAGAAGCAACGGGCGUUAAUUGAUGCGCUCCCACUAGAACAAUACGAGAUUGAGAACGGGGACGCAGCCUGGGAAGAAGCAGAGAAACAGAUCCGUCAGGGAGGCGCAUCGACCGUGAGCGUCAAGUCGUCGAAGCCGGCAAAGCGCAAGGCGGGAGAGACGGCGCGAGAGAUCUACGAGAAGGAAAUCGAGUCCAAGAUCCAGAAGAAGAUCAAGAAAGGUACAGAGGGGAAGAGGAGGGGAUGA